AGUAAGAAAGUAAGAAAGUAGCAAAGAUGACAGGUGGGAUCUUUGGAAGGAAGGGGCAAAAGAUAAAGGGGACAGUGGUGUUGAUGCCAAAGAAUGUGUUGGACUUCAACGCCAUAACCUCCGUCGGAAAAGGCAGUGCUAAGGACACCGCCACCGAUUUCUUGGGCAAAGGCUUGGACGCAUUAGGUCAUGCAGUUGAUGCUCUCACUGCCUUCGCUGGCCAUAGCAUCUCCUUGCAGCUUAUCAGUGCUACUCAGACUGAUGGUAGUGGAAAAGGAAAAGUUGGAAACGAAGCCUAUUUGGAAAAACAUCUUCCGACCUUGCCAACGUUGGGAGCAAGGCAGGAAGCAUUCGAUAUUAACUUUGAAUGGGAUGCUAGUUUUGGAAUUCCAGGAGCAUUUUACAUCAAAAACUUUAUGACUGAUGAGUUUUUCCUCGUCAGUGUUAAACUCGAGGACAUUCCAAACCAUGGAACCAUUAACUUCGUUUGUAACUCAUGGGUUUAUAACUUCAAAAGUUACAAAAAGAAUCGCAUUUUCUUUGUCAAUGAUACAUAUCUUCCGAGUGCUACACCAGGUCCACUAGUUAAGUACAGACAAGAAGAAUUGGAGGUUUUAAGAGGAGAUGGAACAGGGAAGCGCAGAGACUUUGACAGAAUCUAUGAUUAUGAUAUCUAUAAUGAUUUGGGCAAUCCAGAUGGUGGUGAUCCUCGCCCAAUCAUUGGAGGCUCUAGCAACUAUCCUUACCCUCGCAGGGUUAGAACCGGUAGAGAAAAGACCAGGAAAGAUCCCAACAGUGAGAAACCAGGCGAGAUAUAUGUUCCAAGAGAUGAAAACUUCGGUCACUUGAAGUCAUCUGAUUUCCUUACAUAUGGAAUCAAAUCCUUAUCUCAGAACGUGAUACCUUUGUUCAAAUCUAUAAUAUUUGACUUAAGGGUCACAUCGAGUGAGUUCGAUAGCUUCGACGAAGUGCGUGGUCUCUUUGAAGGUGGAAUCAAGCUGCCAACAAAUAUACUGAGCCAAAUUAGCCCCUUACCAGUCCUCAAGGAAAUCUUCCGCACUGAUGGUGAAAAUACCCUUCAAUUUCCACCACCUCAUGUAAUCAGAGUUAGUAAAUCUGGAUGGAUGACUGAUGAUGAGUUUGCAAGAGAGAUGAUUGCUGGUGUAAAUCCAAAUGUAAUUCGUCGUCUUCAAGAGUUCCCACCAAAAAGCACUCUUGAUCCCGCAACCUAUGGUGAUCAAACUAGUACCAUAACAAAACAACAGUUGGAGAUUAACUUGGGUGGGGUCACAGUAGAAGAGGCAAUUAGUGCUCACAGAUUAUUCAUAUUAGAUUACCAUGAUGCAUUCUUCCCGUAUUUGACGAAGAUAAACAGCCUACCUAUUGCAAAAGCUUAUGCCACAAGGACAAUCCUGUUCUUGAAAGACGAUGGAUCUUUAAAGCCACUUGCUAUCGAAUUAAGCAAGCCUGCAACAGUGAGUAAAGUGGUGUUGCCUGCAACAGAAGGUGUUGAGAGUACAAUUUGGUUGUUGGCCAAGGCUCAUGUCAUUGUGAAUGACUCUGGUUAUCAUCAGCUCAUAAGCCAUUGGUUAAAUACUCAUGCAGUGAUGGAGCCAUUUGCCAUAGCAACAAACAGGCAUCUCAGUGUGCUUCACCCCAUUUAUAAACUUCUUUAUCCUCACUACAAGGACACAAUAAAUAUCAAUGGCCUUGCUAGGCAGUCCCUGAUUAACGCAGGUGGCAUUAUUGAGCAAACAUUUUUGCCUGGAAAGUACUCCAUUGAAAUGUCAUCAGUUGUUUACAAGAAUUGGGUUUUCACUGACCAAGCAUUACCAGCUGAUCUUGUCAAGAGAGGAUUGGCAGUUGAGGAUCCCUCUGCCCCACAUGGUCUUCGCCUUGUGAUAGAGGACUACCCUUAUGCUGUUGAUGGACUUGAAAUAUGGGAUGCUAUUAAGACAUGGGUCCAUGAGUAUGUCUCUGUGUAUUACCCAACAAAUGCAGCAAUUCAACAAGACACUGAACUUCAAGCAUGGUGGAAGGAAGUUGUGGAGAAGGGUCAUGGUGACUUAAAAGAUAAGCCUUGGUGGCCUAAACUGCAGACUGUGGAGGAUCUCAUUCAAUCCUGCUCUAUUAUCAUAUGGACAGCUUCGGCUCUCCAUGCAGCUGUUAAUUUUGGGCAAUACCCUUAUGGAGGUUAUAUCGUGAACCGUCCAACUCUAGCCAGAAGGUUUAUCCCAGAAGAAGGAACCAAAGAAUAUGAUGAGAUGGUGAAGGAUCCUCAAAAGGCAUAUCUGAGAACAAUCACACCCAAGUUCGAGACCCUUAUUGACAUUUCAGUGAUAGAGAUAUUGUCAAGGCAUGCUUCUGAUGAGGUCUACCUUGGCCAAAGGGAUAAUCCAAAUUGGACUACGGAUUCAAAGGCAUUGGAAGCUUUCAAAAAGUUUGGAAACAAACUGGCAGAAAUUGAGGGAAAAAUCACACAGAGGAACAAUGAUCCAAGUCUGAAAAGCCGACAUGGGCCAGUUCAGCUUCCAUACACAUUGCUCCAUCGUUCAAGUGAGGAAGGGAUGAGUUUCAAAGGAAUUCCCAACAGUAUCUCCAUCAAGUGUGGAGUACUGUUGAUAGCAAAGAUGUUUGGGAUCUUCGACAAGGGGCAAAAGAUAAAGGGGACAGUGGUGUUGAUGCCAAAGAAUGUGUUGGACUUCAACGCCAUAACCUCCAUCGGUAAAGGUGGUGUUAUUGACACAGCCACCGGCAUCUUAGGCCAAGGCGUCAGCUUAGUUGGUGGAGUAAUUGAUACUGCCACUUCCUUCUUAGGCCGUAAUAUCUCCAUGCAAUUGAUCAGUGCUACUCAGACUGAUGGCAGUGGAAAUGGGAAAGUUGGAAAAGAAGUCUAUUUGGAAAAACAUCUUCCGACCUUGCCAACGUUGGGAGCAAGGCAGGAUGCGUUCAGUAUUUUCUUUGAAUGGGAUGCUAGUUUUGGAAUUCCAGGAGCAUUUUACAUCAAAAACUUUAUGACUGAUGAGUUUUUCCUCGUCAGUGUUAAACUCGAGGACAUUCCAAACCAUGGAACCAUUGAAUUUGUUUGCAACUCAUGGGUUUACAACUUCAGGAGUUACAAAAAGAAUCGCAUUUUCUUUGUCAAUGAUACAUAUCUUCCAAGUGCCACACCAGCUCCACUACUUAAGUACAGAAAAGAAGAAUUGGAGGUUUUAAGAGGAGAUGGAACAGGGAAGAGAAAGGACUUUGACAGAAUCUAUGAUUAUGAUGUCUAUAAUGAUUUGGGCAAUCCAGAUGGUGGUGAUCCUCGCCCAAUCCUUGGUGGGUCUAGCAUCUAUCCCUACCCUCGCAGGGUUAGAACAGGAAGAGAAAGGACCAGGACAGAUCCCAACAGUGAGAAACCGGGCGAGGUUUAUGUUCCAAGAGAUGAAAAUUUUGGUCACUUGAAGUCAUCGGAUUUCCUUACAUACGGAAUCAAAUCCUUAUCUCACGAUGUGAUACCUUUGUUCAAAUCUGCAAUUUUUCAAUUAAGGGUCACAUCGAGUGAGUUUGAAAGCUUCGAAGAUGUGCGUAGUCUCUAUGAGGGUGGAAUUAAAUUGCCAACAGAUAUACUGAGCCAAAUUAGCCCCUUACCAGCCCUCAAGGAAAUCUUCCGCACUGAUGGUGAAAAUGUUCUUCAAUUUCCACCACCUCAUGUAGCCAAAGUUAGUAAGUCUGGGUGGAUGACUGAUGAGGAAUUUGCUAGAGAGGUGAUUGCCGGUGUAAACCCAAAUGUGAUCCGUCGUCUUCAAGAAUUCCCACCAAAGAGCACACUUGAUCCCACACUCUAUGGUGAUCAAACCAGUACCAUAACAAAAGAACAAUUGGAGAUUAACAUGGGAGGGGUCACAGUAGAAGAGGCACUUAGUACUCAGAGAUUAUUCAUAUUAGAUUACCAAGAUGCAUUCAUCCCAUAUUUGACGAGGAUAAACAGCCUACCUACUGCAAAAGCUUAUGCCACAAGGACAAUCCUGUUCUUGAAAGAUGAUGGUACUUUGAAGCCACUUGCUAUUGAAUUAAGCAAACCACAUCCAGAUGGAGAUAAUUUGGGUCCUGAGAGUAUAGUGGUGUUGCCUGCAACUGAAGGUGUUGAUAGUACAAUUUGGCUAUUGGCCAAGGCUCAUGUUAUUGUGAAUGACUCUGGUUAUCAUCAGCUCGUGAGCCAUUGGUUAAAUACUCAUGCAGUGAUGGAACCAUUUGCCAUAGCAACCAAUAGGCAUCUCAGUGUGCUCCACCCUAUUUAUAAACUUCUUUAUCCUCACUACCGCGACACCAUAAAUAUCAAUGGACUUGCUAGGCAGUCCCUGAUUAAUGCAGAUGGCAUUAUAGAGAAAUCAUUUUUGCCCGGAAAGUACUCCAUUGAGAUGUCUUCAUCCGUCUACAAGAAUUGGGUUUUCACUGACCAAGCAUUACCAGCUGAUCUCGUCAAGAGAGGAUUGGCAAUUGAAGAUCCCUCUGCACCCCAUGGCCUUCGCCUUGUGAUAGAGGACUACCCUUAUGCUGUUGAUGGACUUGAAAUAUGGGAUGCUAUUAAGACAUGGGUUCAUGAAUAUGUCUCCUUGUAUUACCCAACAGAUGCAGCAGUUCAACAAGAUACUGAACUACAAGCAUGGUGGAAGGAAGCUGUGGAGAAGGGUCAUGGUGACUUAAAAGAAAAGCCUUGGUGGCCUAAAAUGCAGACAACUGAAGAUCUCAUUCAAUCAUGCUCUAUUAUCGUUUGGACAGCUUCGGCUCUCCAUGCUGCUGUUAAUUUUGGACAAUAUCCUUAUGGGGGCUUAAUCCUGAACCGUCCAACUCUAGCCAGAAGGUUUAUCCCAGCUGAAGGAACCCCAGAGUAUGAUGAGAUGGUGAAGAAUCCUCAAAAGGCUUAUCUGAGAACAAUCACACCCAAGUUUGAGACCCUUAUUGAUCUUUCAGUGAUAGAGAUAUUGUCAAGGCAUGCUUCUGAUGAGAUAUACCUUGGAGAGAGGGAGACUCCAAAUUGGACUACUGAUAAGAAGGCAUUAGAAGCUUUCAAAAGGUUUGGAAGCAAACUGACUGGAAUUGAAGGAAAAAUCAAUGCAAGGAACAGUGAUCCAAGUCUGAGAAACCGGACUGGGCCAGUUCAGCUGCCAUACACUUUGCUCCAUCGUUCAAGUGAGGAAGGGUUGACUUUCAAAGGAAUUCCCAACAGUAUCUCUAUCUAAUUAAAAAGAGUUUGUGGUUUCCUUAUCUAUGUUGUACUUCUGAAUAACAUAGACUUUAUGCAUGUCUAUGCGUAAUUAUUGCCUGAACUUCUGCACUAUUGUAUUUGGAUGCUCUCGGUUUUCAUAUAAUAAAGUGUGUUCUCACUUUCACUUUGUA